CCGGGCGCGGGCCCCGGGCGGAGCGGCGGGACGGGCGCGGGCCAUGGCGGAGCUGGCGCAGGGGCAGAGCCAGAGCGCGGCGCCCGUCGGCAUCAAGCCCGAGGGUUUCGUGGACGCUCUGCACCGGGCCCGGCAGAUUGCUGCUAAAAUUGGAGAUAUUCCUCACUUGAAUAAUUCUACAACACUUGUGGACCCCUCAGUCUACGGUUAUGGAGUGCAGAAACGACCCCUGGAUGAUGGAGGUCUCCGUGUAAGUGGGCUCCAUGGAGCACAGAUCAGAGACACAGAGAGAAUAGGUAACCAGUUAGGGGCCCUGGUACAUCAAAGGGCUGUAAUAACAGAAGAGUUCAAAGUGCCUGAUAAAAUGGUUGGAUUUAUAAUCGGCAGGGGAGGAGAACAGAUCUCACGGAUUCAGAUAGAGUCUGGCUGCAAAAUUCAAAUUGCUCCAGACAGUGGUGGGAUGCCCGAGAGGCCCUGUGUACUCACUGGGACACCAGAGAGCAUUGAACAAGCAAAACGGCUACUGGGGCAGAUUGUAGAUCGCUGUCGGAAUGGACCUGGUUUUCACAACGAUGUUGAUGGCAACAGUACCAUUCAGGAGAUUUUGAUCCCGGCAUCCAAAGUGGGUCUAGUCAUCGGCAAAGGAGGUGAAACAAUAAAACAGUUGCAGGAGCGAACAGGUGUGAAAAUGAUUAUGAUCCAAGAUGGUCCUUUGCCUACUGGAGCAGAUAAACCUCUCCGAAUUACUGGAGAUGCAUUUAAAGUACAGCAAGCGAGGGAAAUGGUACUGGAGAUCAUCCGAGAGAAAGAUCAGGCAGACUUCCGAGGCGUACGCAGUGAUUUCAGUGCUAGAAUGGGAGGAGGCAGCAUAGAGGUCUCUGUGCCCAGGUUUGCUGUUGGAAUUGUGAUAGGAAGAAAUGGAGAAAUGAUCAAAAAGAUUCAGAAUGAUGCUGGAGUUAGGAUUCAAUUUAAACCAGAUGAUGGGAUUAGCUCUGAAAGAGUCGCACAGGUCAUGGGGCUCCCCGAUCGGUGUCAGCACGCAGCACACAUCAUCAGUGAGCUCAUCCUCACGGCACAGGAACGAGAUGGCUUUGGAAGCUUGGCUGUUGCCCGAGGAAGAGGUCGUGGCCGUGGAGACUGGAGUGUUGGAACACCUGGGGGCAUGCAGGAAAUCACCUACACUGUUCCAGCUGACAAGUGUGGCCUUGUUAUAGGCAAAGGUGGCGAGAACAUCAAAAGCAUAAACCAGCAGUCGGGAGCGCACGUGGAGCUGCAGAGAAACCCACCCCCGAACACAGAUCCUGGCGUACGAAUAUUCACAAUCAGAGGGGUUCCCCAGCAAAUCGAGCUCGCUAGACAUCUCAUAGAUGAGAAAGUUGGUGGUACCAGCAUGAGUGGACCUGGAGGAUUUGGUCAAAGUCCGUUCAGCCAAGCACCUGCUACACCUCAUCAAAAUGGUCCUCAGGCGUUCAUGACGCAGGGCUGGGGCAGUACCUACCAGACAUGGCAGCAGCCUGGACAACAAGUCCCAACCAGGCACACUGAAGGCAGGCUGGGUGAGGAGAGAGGACACACACAUAACGCUUUCAGAACCUUCACCACUCUCCUCGGCUGCAGCGGUGCCCAGGCAGCCCAGGUGGAGCUCACCAAGGCAUAGGAGGAUUAUUGUAAGAAAUAGGUAAAUACCUGCUUUUGCGCUUCUUAGUUGGAAAACAGCCUUGUGCAGGGUCCCUUGCCCGAGUGCUGCAGCCUGUGUGUGACAGCUCUGUCAGCCCCGUCACAGCGCCGGCGUCCCGGGGACAGCCUCGAGUGCCCUCCUUGUGGGAGGAGGGGCAGACCCCCACCCCCUACACAUGUAUUUAGAUUUUAAUUACUUCCCCCAUCUUAAAUAAAUUAACUGGCUGGGGAAACAUUUUGCUGUGAAAUGCAUUUAGCUGCGUGUCCUUUCAGCCUGCUGCGGACUGUAAUUCUCCGAGAAGAAAAGGCAUUGAAGGAGGUCCUUUGUUGGCAUUAGCAGGUGGACAGUUGAGGCAGCCUUGACCUCUGCCAGAAAAGGUCCUGACUUGCAGCGUUGGUCAAGUCUUUUAACCCGCUUUUAUGCCCCUGGACAGGACACUGCUGCCCUGUUCCCUCCACCCACUUCACACUUGCAGUGUAUUAUUUUCCCCCUUCCCCCCACUUCAAAGCCCCCCUUAGGCUGGCGUCGGGGCCAGGCUGCGCAUGGAGCUGGGAUGGGAUGGGAAGAGCUCUGCUCCACGCGUGUCCUCUGUCCUUGCCUGCUCUCCUUGUCUGCAGUGGCUCGUGCUCCCCACUCCUGCUGUGCCUCUCUGCCGUUCCCAGCUGCUGUAUUUGCUGCUUGUUUGUCGUGUGUCUCACUGAGGGCUCUGUGCUCCCACUGGGAUCCAGGGAAGCGUGGGAAGAGCAGGUAUCCUUCCUCUGUCCCGGCUGGCCAGGCUCUCCCUGCAGGAACCCUUAGAUGUGCUAGGUUGAAGGUAUCUUAGUGCUUCAAAGAUGGGGAGUCUGUGCUAGAUGGAGCCCGAGGUUUGGGAUCUGUGAGCUGACACUGGCACUGCUUCCCUUGGAGCAGCGUAGGAGCCUGGAGAUGACACCGCGAGCCAGCCAUGGCUGUUUGGGGAUGCUGUGGCUGCCUCUCCAGUGAUGCCUGGGGUGUGUGCUGCGGGCAAUGAGGCUGGCUGUGCCCUGUGCAGGGCUCAUGGCACCUUGAGGAGCCGGGAGCAGAGAGGCAGGUCAUGCCACUGGAGGCUCGCGUGUGGAUGGGCACUGCCCACAGGGGUCCCUCAGCUCUGCUCCACUGAGGAGAGUGGGGGUGAAGGAUGCAGUCCCUGACAAACAAGUGAGGUGACUGAAAACACGGCCAUCCCCUUGGCAGCUCUGUGGAGGUGACAGGUCUCAGCUGUGUCAGGUGUCCCAGCUCUCCUGCACUCAAUGCAAGCAGUCUGAGAGCCCAGGGUGGCUGAUUGCAGACUGGGCAGUUCCCAGCCACAUGCUUUGGCUUGAGCAGGUCCCAGCAGGGUGACAUUUGGCUUCAUGCCCUUCAGCAGAUGAGGUGAAAUCAGGAACUCAAGCUUUUUCUCAGCUUCUCCUGAACUGAAGAUGCCCAACACUGUAGAAAGGUGGAAGCUGAAGUGUCAAGUCUGGGCAGCUGGGGUAGACCCAGGGCCUGUCUAGUGGAAAGGUAGAUGUCACUGGCUGGAAACUGUCACCUGUUCCAUACUGACGUGCCCCUUGUUGUCAUCUUUGCACAGGCCAACAGAGCCAGCAGCAGAACAGCCAUCCCGAUUACAGCAAAGCAUGGGAGGAGUAUUU